CGAGUUGUGAGGCUGGGUUAUGUAAACGUCUCAUUGUCAGUGGCUGUAAUAGUUGGCUUGACGCACUCCCAAAAACUAUCCGCUCGUCAUCACUUGAUGAUAGCCAGACUAACUCAAAAUGUUUUUCGGAAGCUUCUCAGGCCUUCGUUUCGCUCCAGGGUCUGCCGGAGUAAUAUUGCGGUCCGCAAGUCGUCAACGCUGACACCAAUUAUACCGCCUUCACCAGACGACUUUGAUCUAGUGUCUCUCUUCGAUCAGCCUCAGUCCAGCCACAGGACGCGAGCAGUCCCCGUGACUGGGAUAUUCCAGCAUACGCAUUUGACGACGCCUUCAGCUUUCACCGCGUUAGCUGACUCAACUUUGGUACGCGCCCAGCUACUGACGGCACGUAUUCUGCGCGCCGCACAGUCGCGAAGCGAGCUUUUCAAGGUCGUUAAAAACCUGGACAGGCUCAGCGAUUUACUUUGUGGCGUCAUUGACCUUGCUGAGCUCCUCCGAAACGCCCAUCCCGAUCCACAAUGGAUGCAGUCCGCUAACGACAGUUACGAAAAGCUGUGCGAGUACAUGAACGUGCUGAACACAAACAUUGGCUUGUAUGAGGUUCUUGACGUGGUGUUGCAUGACCCUGAAAUCGUCAAGUCACUCGGUCCUGAGGCUUAUCAGACUGCGCUUAUAUUUUGGCGUGAUUUUGAGAAGUCAGCCAUACGAUUGCCACCGGAAAGCAGGGAGAAGUUCGUAUCCCUCUCCUCUGAAAUCCUAUCCCUUGGACACGAAUUCGUCAAUCAGGCUUCCGCUCCAAGGCCGGCUGCAUUAAUUGACGCGUCAGAACUGGAGGGCCUGAAGGAUACUGGCAUGGGCGCCAGGCUUCAACGACAAGCUUCUUCCACGCAAAAGAGUUUACUGGUGUAUCCCGGAUCUCACCAGGCUUAUAUGAUCAUGAGAUCUGCGCCGUUAGAAUCGCCGCGCAAAAAGCUAUACGUGGCUGCGCAUUCAAGCACCCUUCGGCAGAUUGAAUGCUUGGAGAGGCUUUUGCGCGCACGAGCUGAGUUGGCAUGCUUAGUUGGUUGGGAUAGUUAUGCUGGUAUGGUUCUUCACGACAAGAUGGCCAAGACUCCGGAGAACGUGAACUACUUCCUGGACACGUUUUUAGAUCGGACGGCUGUCCAUGCGCAGGAAGCUUUACAUGCUCUGAGGCUCCGCAAGCAAGCCCAUCUCAAGACCACGUCGUUGCCCGUCAUUCAAGCUUGGGAUAGAUCGUACUACUGUCCUCCGGAACCUCCAGAGCCGCCGAUUCCACUCCCUCCACUCUCCCUUGGACGGGUUUUUAUGGGCCUGUCACGCCUGUUCAAGCAUCUAUACGGUAUAUGGCUGCGGCCGUCAGAGGUUCUUCCUGGUGAAGUCUGGCAUCCGGAUGUGCGCAAAGUAGAGGUUGUAGAUGAGGAACAUGGGGUCAUCGGCUGGAUAUAUGCUGAUCUUUUUGCGCGAAACGGAAAAGCGUGUGGAGCUGCCCAUUAUACGGUGAGGUGUUCACGGCGCACUGACGACGAUGACGAAGCAGGUGACAUUAGAGUGGACAGUGUGGAGGAGGGGUUGCUGAAGGCCUCACAAAGCUUUGAGCUCGUGAAGCGACAUAGGCUACGUGGUAUCCAAGGGGAAUACCAACUUCCUCUUGUCGUGCUACUGUGCGAAUUUAGUCGACCCUCGGUUCACUCUGGACCAACUAUUCUCGAGUGGCACGAGGUGCAGACUCUUUUUCAUGAAAUGGGCCACGCCAUGCACUCAAUGAUCGGUCGCACCGAGUACCAUAACGUUUCAGGUACCCGUUGUGCGACUGACUUCGUCGAGCUGCCAUCCAUUCUCAUGGAACACUUCCUCAGUUCACCGACCGUGCUCUCACUUUUCGAUACCAACGGCUUUUCGACGGAUAGCCAAACUGGUAACAACCAUCGAGAUCCAUGCCACUUCAUUGACACGCACAGCAGUGUAUUGCUUUCGGUGCUCGACCAAAUAUACCACUCCCCAUUGGCUUUAGAUUCGGAAUUCGACUCUACUGCAGUCCUUGCGUACUUAACCAAUACGCGUGGCUUGAUUCCACACACACCAGGGACUUCCUUCCAGACGCAAUUUGGUCAUCUUUUUGGUUAUGGGGCAACGUAUUACUCGUACCUCUUCGACCGCGCGAUUGCAUCGUAUGUAUGGCGGCACAUAUUUUCGUCAAGCCCUGUCGAGCGGGAACUGGGAGAAAGGUACAAGCGAGAAGUAUUGUGUUAUGGGGGUGGAAAAAAUCCGUGGCUUAUGUUGAGUGCAUUGCUUAAACUGCCGGCAUUGGAGGGUGGGGACGCAGCAGCUAUGCAGACUGUUGGUCAAUGGGGGAUAGACGAUAGCAGUGUUUCCAGCCGCCAUUAAUGUUAACAGGGUUGAAAAACCACAUUAACAUCAAUAUUCAAUGAUGAACGAUCUAAUUUGACCGUGACUUUGGG